AUGAAUCAUCAUACUGCUAAACUCAUUGUCUUUUUUUUUUGUAUUUUUAUCACCAACUACUAUUAUUUCAUCUUAUUUAUAAAAGACGAGAAGCAUCUCCUGCACAUAUACGAUCGAAGAAGUCACCUUGAUUUGAUUCAUUUUCAAGCACUUUAUCCAUCAUUGCCUAAAAAAAACCAAGGAGAAGAUGAGUCAUUAUUAAAAAAACAAGAAGCAAUUGGUAUUUGUGUCAAUUUUAACUUUGAUCCCGAUACAGAUGGUAAUACACUUGGUUCAAUCCUCCCUUUCUAUACAACAAUUAAUAAAUAUGUUGCUAUUCUCACUCCAUCUUCAUUUAGUAAAUUCUUUGGUCGAAAUCUUGAACUGUUCAAUCAAUUUAAUGUAACGCUAAUUUUAAUCGAUAAUCAAACAUUGAGCAAAAGUCAUUUAUCGUUUAUUGACGAUCGUAUAAACACAACAAGUACUGUUUAUUAUAUCGAAUGUAUUGAUGGAUCAUCAGGUCAAUUACAGCAUAAAUGUCUCUUACUUUGCGUGCAAUUCUAUGCCCGCCUCAAAAUUGAACAUUCUACUCUACGUGGAAUACUUUAUACAGCUGAUGAUCUUUAUUUUAAUUUUGCUUAUGUUUUUUCACAUCCGGAACGAUUUUCAUUGGAUGAAGUUUGGACUGUACCUUGGAUGCAGCUAGUUGAUAUAAGUACAAAUGAUAAAGGUCGUUUAGGUAAUACAUGGUGGUGGUGGAAAAAUAAACCUCAUCUUUGGAAUAGUUUCCGAGAUUUUUUCCUAACUAAAUCAAAAAUAUCGGAAAAAUAUCGACGUAUAUUUCAAAUACUUUAUGGAUCAAAUAAACGUUUAGCUGUAGGUAUUGCCGAUCUUGUAUAUUUACCAUUUGCUGACGAUCAAUUGGCAACUUUUAUCUCGAUUACGAAUGAAUUGAUGACACUUUUACCAUCAGAUAUGUUUUGUGAAAUCAUCUUUCCAUUACUUGUCGAUACGACAAUGGCUCUUUGUGGUCAUUGGCCAUUUGAAAAUGAUCGAGAAAUGUAUAAUUCCUCCGUUAAUCAUUUAAAUAAUCUAUCAACAAUACAACAAAUGGAAAGAAUGAACUUUAUUAAAAAUGCCCGUAAUCCAUAUUCUCUAAAUAACAGUUUUCGUCAACGACCGUGUCUUUUCAAUCCUGAUGGUUUCAUCUGGGAUCACAAUCGUCAAAAUCGACAAUUAUUUGAAACUACAAUAAUUAAUGGUACAGUACCUAUCAUGCAUUUGUCGAAACCAUGGCCAUAUAGAACAGAAUUUCUUCAUCCGAUGAAAUUAUCGAAUGAUAAACAGUGGGCGUUUCAAUUGUGGCAUCACGGAAUGCAACAACAAAUUGAACAACUCAAGAAAUAUCAAACGGAUAAACUAGCAGUUCGUUAG